CCGACCUGUGAACUCAGGGUCUUCCAAGUAACCGUGCGCUACCUCAAUUGGAAGCAACAAUGGUGUCAGUCGUACUUAUUAUCCUGUUCUUGGGGUUUACAUGUGAAGUGAAGUGUUUCCCGGCUGCUGUCAACGGGUCCACCUUGUCAAGACAGGAAAAUACACUGCUGUCAUGGCUACAGAGAAGAUAUCACUUCAACGCUGCAGAAGUGGAAGCAACAAAGGAGCUGAUCGAAGAUGAGGAGAAUGACGUUGACCCUAAACAAGACAAAAUAAUUUUCAGGCUCCAGGUUGAAGAAAUCGUGAGAAAACUAAGAACGAUGAGCGACGAGGAAAUGGAAAAAAUAAGAAAGCUUUUUAGUCGUAAGAUGGGGGCAGUCAGAGCAGACGAAGUCUUCGAGGCGGCGGAAGAAAUAUUUGAGAGCGAAAAAGAAGCAAAUGAAGAGUUGCGACAAUCCUUCCAACUAAAUGAAGGGGAAGAGGAUGCUUUUGAAGAACUCGUUGAGGAUACCAAAGAUGGAAAGGAUGUAGAAACGGAAGAUAUGGAGUUCAAGCUCGGACUUUCCGAACUGGCAGACAGCUAUGAUCAACUGUCCCCAGAGCAGGAAGAGCGAUUUAGAAGCCUGGUAGAGGAAGAAUUUGGAUCGGAGGAGGCAGCCAUGAUAUUCCAGGAAAUCAGGGCGAUCCACGAGGAAAUGGAGACGUUAAAGGAGAACCCUAACGGAGAUAAUGGGAUCAGUUUAGCCGCGGAGAAAAUCGACAAAGUAGCUGACGAUCAGGAAAACAAGAUGUUUUGGGGCGAGUUGAAUGUAGACGUGCCUGAUGAGGGAGGUGAAAGUAACGGUGACCUCGGUAGUAACAGAGACAACGGGAUGGAAGAAGUCCAAGACUUUGGAAAUCCAAUGCACUACAGUCUGCAGGUGCAAACCCUAUUCCAGCACAGUCUGCAGGUGCAAACCCUGUUCAAGAGCAGUCUGCAGGUGCAAACCCUGUUCCAGCACAGUCUGCAAGCGCAGACCCUGUUCAAGAGCAGUCUGCAGGUGAAAACCCUGUUCCAGCACAGUCUGCUAACCUUUCUCAAACACAGUCUGCAGGUGUAAGCCCGGUUAAAGAGCAAUCUGCAGGUGAAGACCCUGUUCAAGCACAGUCUGCAGGUGCUAACCCUUCUCAAACACAGUCUGCUGGUGCAAAUC